UUCUCCAAACUUCCCAUCACCGCUCGCGGCUCGUAGAAUCUGGUGCGAAGCGAAAUGAAGGCAGCCAUGUUGUAGCAUCACCACAGACAGAGAGUGAGAGAGAGAGAGAAAGAAAGAAGGAAGAAAGGAAAGAAAGAAGGACGGACGGACGAAAGAAAGAAAGGCAUAAAGGAAAAAAGAUUGAGAAGAGUCCGUUGGAAAUAAUCACCCGAGGACAAAAACAUUUAAAAUUAAUCUCAAUCGGCCUUCACAAGAGUCCCACAUAAACAGGAGACAUCAUGAGCGGGGGGACCCCUUACAUCGGCAGCAAAAUCAGCCUCAUUUCGAAGGCCGAGAUUCGCUAUGAAGGGAUUUUGUACACUAUCGACACAGAAAAUUCGACGGUAGCACUCGCAAAAGUGCGUUCUUUUGGUACAGAGGACCGGCCCACUGACAGGCCAAUCCCGCCUCGCGACGAGGUUUUUGAGUACAUAAUUUUCAGAGGGAGUGAUAUCAAAGACCUCACUGUUUGUGAGCCUCCAAAACCAACAUGCUCCCUCCCCCAAGACCCUGCCAUUGUCCAGUCAUCUCUUGGGUCCACCCCCCCUGCGACCACAUUCCAGUCCGUGGGCUCGUACGCACCCUUCAGCCGGGCUCCCAUGGCUCCAUACAGCCAGUUCACCACCGGCCCCCUGGUGGUUCAGCAGUUUGGGGCUGUCGGUGCAGGAAGCUCAGAGCCCUCUGUUGGUAGCCAGAUGAGCGUAGCGGCACCCCUGUCCCAGAGCACUGCUAUUGGCUCAGCAUUUCCCCCAGAGAGCUCAGUGAAUACACACAUAGUGGAAGGCCGCACAAGUCCCCAGCUCGACCCUCUGGUGAAGAGCCCAACCCUGGAGCAGGCAGCACAGACGACCCCCACCCCUCCCGCACCUGUAGGGCGGAGGAGUCCCGCCUCAGGGAGACCCGCCCCGACUGGCACCCAGAAGCCCUCGGACGGUCCAGAGCAACGGAGAGGAACUGACGCCCCCAAAACCCAGAGGCAAGAUUCUGAACCAGGAAGGGGUGAUCUGUCUAAACGGCAAUUGACAGGGGCACUGCCUGCCCGCCGGGGCCGAGGUGGAGGAGCGGGAGGAGGUGCUGGAGCAGGUGGAGGAGGAGGAGGAGGAGGAGGUGGUGGUGGUGGUGGUGGUGGUGGAGGAGGAGGAGGAGGUGGUGGUGGUGGUGGUCAUCGUGGCAGGGGCCGCUUUGCCGUGCGGAGGGAUGGUCCGGUGAAGUUUGAGAAGGACUUCGACUUCGAGAGCGCCAACGCUCAGUUCAACAAGGAGGAGAUCGACCGCGAGUUCCAGAGCAAACUCAAGCUAAAAGAUGAGAAGGCGGAGAAGACGGAGAAGGCAGAGAAGACGGAGAAGGCCGUGAACGGGGAGGAUAAGGCCGACUCCGGGGUGGAGACCCAGAACAGUGAGGGGAACGCUGACGAGGAGGACCCGCUGGGCCCCAACUGCUAUUACGACAAGUCCAAGUCCUUCUUCGACAACAUCUCCUGCGACGACACCAGGAAAGCGGCAGAAAAGUCUGGAAUUUCAGCAUUCCCAAGGGAGCGGAGGCCGACCUGGGCGGAGGAGCGGCGGAUGAACGCGGAGACGUUCGGCAUCCCCGUGCGUCACGGCCGCGGGCGCGGGGGCUACAGAGGGCGAGGGGGCAUGGGCUACCGCGGGGGCCGGGGACGCUCGGCCAGCCGGGGCUCUUUCGGGCCCCCGCGCGGCGGCACCGGAAGCUUCCGGGGCUACAGAGGAAGCCGGGGCGGCAGGGAGUUCUCAGAUUUUGAAUACCGGAAGGAUAAUAAAGUGGCUGCAUAGGACACCAGGAAGACGGAUCCAAAAAGAAACCUUGCUCCUCGCGGUCCAGAAAUUUGCUUGGGGUCUCGACUUUUGCCAAAAAAAAAAAGAACGAUGAAAAGUACUUGCUGUAUCUUCGUCACCAGCACUGGGGUAGAGGACUGCCCAACUUCAAACGGUGUAAAAUGAAAAACAUGCAUUAUAACGCAGUCGAUGGGGGGGGGCUUAUUCAGAGCUAAGUUCGAAAUAUUGGCAGAAGGUUGAGAGAUUAUGUAAAAUACAGUACUUCAGUGCAACUAUUCAGUAUUUUUGCAUCAAUUUGAGUUUUUCUUACUAAAAUUGUAUUUGAUAAUGUUCUGUUAAGUGUAAAGAUGUAUGCAGAAGCCCGCUGAUACUGUGAUGAGAGUACUGGUCACUGAUAUAGCUUUAUUUUUUGGAUAUAUCCUGUAAUGUACCUUUAGAAGCACCAAAAUCUUGUAUAUAGCCAGUUGGGUCACAGUUACAGCUUUAUACCUUGUUUUCUACUUCACGUAUCUCGAUAGCCAGUUAAUCCCACUUCUCAAACUGCCUGCUGUGUUUUGCCGAGUUGUCCUUGUCUGAAAUACUCUCGUUUUAAUUAGCAUUUUCGAUGUUCUUUGAUAAUCUCAGUCCAGUGCGGCUCACGAGGUGAACAGUUUUCCAGCAAGCUAGAGCGAGGCUUCAGCAGCUGUUGUUCCUUUCUGGCUCGACGCCAUUUUGAUGUUUUGUAGUCACUUCAGACCUCUACUCAGACCCAUUCACACGGAGAUAUGUGCUGGUUCCCCACUCCCUACAAACCACUGGAUUCGUUGCUAUCGGGAGUUGGUUGAAGGCUGUGAUUUUCUGUGUUGGUAGAACAAUGUGUUCAUUUUACUUUCUACCCCAUAGAUACUACAGUGUCCAUAUUUUCUGACUCCAGAAUAGGCCAGUCAAUAUGGAAUUACGCUUAAAUUGCUUACUUGUUGACAUUGUUAUGCUGGGAGCUGAAUGUGUCCAUGCCAUAAACUGCAACUAUAGACCCAGUAACUGGCCACUGGUGUCAAUGACAAUAUUCACAAUAAUAUAAGUUAAUUUUGUUCCUAUAAUUACUGUUAAAGAUGGCAGAAUGUUUCCAUAACUGGGUACUUGCAUAUUCCCUUGAAAUUUCAUGAUUAUUGAUUACAAGUCUCCAUAUUACUAAGGAUGUGCUUUUUUUCGCUUCCAGCAUUUUUAAAGUACUUAUCCAGAAAGCCUUGAAUUACUCUUAAGGAAUUAUUUUUUCAGAAAAUACUUGCACUUUGAAGAAUUGUGUUUUUUAAGCGCGAUGUCAUCAGGUAACCCUUUAAAACUAAUCUGUGGUUGUGUUUUGUGUAGACUACGUGGUGAUCUUGGUUCGUGAUGCCCGAUAUAUCCUGUGUGAAUGGAUCUUGAGCUUUUAAGCAUUGCGUUGGGUGCAAAAGUCUUCACAUUUUUAACAUUAAUAUUAGAGAUGUCAAAUUUUGGUAUGGUUCCUAAAAAAAUGCUAUAUAACAAGUGUUAAUGGUGAAUGGAUUACAUUGUAUAGCAGGCUAAGAAAUGUAAGCCACUUGAUUUGCUGCCUUGUACGUGCAAAUUUGCCUCUGGGAUGUGACCGGAAAUUAAAUUAAGGAUCUACAUGCUUAUGAGUAAGCAUGGAUCAGUAACUGGAUGUUUUUUUUAUAUGAUUUUGUUGCCUCUGACGGUGUGGGAUGUGGCGCGUUGGUGUCAUUGUGUUACCAAGUGACUGAGUGCUAGAAGAUGUUGCAUUUCUCAAAUUGAGUUUGCCAUUGACAGGACCUCUCCAUCUCUCAAAGAUGGAUGUUUUUUUUUUUUUUCUCUUUCUGUUUUUGACCCAUUUUACAAAUCUAUGAAUGUUACAGAAUUGCAUUUCCCUGCGAGUCACCUGGCACAGUGCACAUUUCUGUUUAAUUGUAGGUUCACAGUAGGCUACUGAUAAGGUAAUAUACACAAUACACCUACAAAGGAGUUAUGAAAUGUAAAAAGCGGCACAACUUUGGUGUACCAUUUCUGAAAUUCGCUGAAUGGAAUUUAUUUCCCCAAAUUCUUAUUUUAUACUUUUGUUUGAGGGGGUGGGUGGUCACAUGGUAAAACGAUUUUUUACGGUGAUGUUUCAGAUUAUUGGUUCUGAAGUUUGGGAGGUGCAGGGAUAUUGUAGCAAGCCACUCCCCUAAAAUCUCAAAACAAGAUAAAUGACGAUUCUGGCAAAGGCACUACAAGAAAACCAGACCGAGGUGAUACAUGAUGUAGGGCAGCUAAUUAAAUGUCUAGUAAUUAGAUAUGUACAGUUGUUUAAGCGUACAUUAUAGCAAACUGGCAGUACACUGCAUGAUAGUCGUGCCGUGUGAGAAGCCACAAAAUGAACACUGAACAACUCCAACAUAUUCCUGGAUUGUUGCAAUAACUGUACGUUACUGAAAUAUCCCUUGCUAAAUCGAGACCAAGACUGUACAUACUGCCAAAAUGCUAUACGCUGUGAAGGUUUCAUUUUGUUUAUUCCUGAUCUCUGGUUCGAAACUCAAGCAAUUUAACAGCAUGGUGUACUUUCAGCGCGCCUCAGCAGAUUGGGGUUUUUAUUCAACGCAAAGAAUAAACAGUUGUUCAAUA